UUAAGUGUAGUUAUCGAUAGAGUGCGCGCAAUAAUGUAACGGUUUCUGAUCUGAGUGUUUUUAAUCUUUCAUGGCGCAUGUCGUGUACGUUCAACGAAGAAUAAUUAUCGCUCGCAUUUGACGCAGUGCGUUAGUCUCAUAUUACAAACGGAAAAGAACGUAAUAUAGUGCCGCGUAUUACGCGAUACGCUUUCCGAGCAAGUAAUCCGUGUUAGUGCUCCGUAAAAAAGAACGCGGCGGUUAAGCACUGCAAAGAAAACUUGACAUUGGAACGGCCAUUUUGGCGUGUUGUUUCCUAAUCGAGUGCUCAGCUCAGCAUCGAUAUCCAUCCAUUUCAAGGAAAUAGAUAAUAUUUCAUCAUUUUCAAAAUGAUGACAGAAACACAUAUAAAUUCCAAUCAUGUCCUAAAUUCUGGUUUGAAUACUAAAUCAGAAAUCGACAAAAUGGACGAUGUGGGUUGGAAAGCUAAAUUAAAAAUUCCACCAAAGGACAAACGAAUUAAAACUAGUGAUGUUACUGAUACUCGUGGCAAUGAAUUUGAGGAAUUUUGCCUAAAACGAGAAUUAUUAAUGGGCAUCUUUGAAAAAGGCUGGGAAAAGCCUUCCCCAAUUCAAGAAGCCAGUAUUCCCAUUGCAUUAUCUGGUAAAGAUAUCUUGGCCCGUGCAAAAAAUGGGACUGGUAAAACUGGGGCCUAUUCAAUUCCAGUGCUAGAACAGGUUGAUCCACGAAAAGAUGUGAUUCAGGCACUAGUACUUGUACCUACUAGAGAGUUAGCUCUUCAAACAUCACAAAUUUGCAUUGAACUGGCAAAACAUAUGGAAAUAAAAGUAAUGGUAACUACUGGAGGAACAGACUUACGGGAUGAUAUUAUGAGGAUUUACCAGUCAGUGCAAGUAAUAAUAGCAACCCCAGGAAGAAUUCUCGAUCUUAUGGAUAAGAAUGUUGCAAAUAUGGAUCAUUGUAAAACUCUAGUUUUGGAUGAAGCAGAUAAACUUCUGUCACAAGAUUUUAAAGGAAUGUUGGAUCAUGUCAUUUCGAGAUUACCACACGAACGUCAGAUACUGCUGUAUUCAGCCACAUUUCCCCUGACAGUGAAACAAUUCAUGGAAAAACAUUUAAGAGAUCCAUAUGAGAUUAAUUUAAUGGAGGAACUCACAUUGAAAGGUGUAACACAAUAUUAUGCCUUUGUACAAGAACGACAAAAAGUUCAUUGUCUUAACACACUGUUUUCCAAGUUGCAAAUAACACAAAGUAUAAUAUUCUGCAAUUCAACACAACGUGUUGAAUUACUUGCAAAGAAAAUAACAGAUCUUGGAUAUUGCUGUUAUUACAUACACGCGAAAAUGGCGCAGGCACACCGAAAUCGCGUGUUUCACGAUUUCCGAGCAGGACUUUGCAGAAACUUGGUGAGCAGUGAUCUGUUUACUCGUGGUAUUGAUGUUCAAGCCGUGAACGUCGUAAUCAAUUUUGACUUUCCAAAAAUGGCAGAGACAUACCUUCAUCGUAUCGGCCGAUCAGGACGAUUCGGUCACUUAGGUAUAGCAAUUAACCUAAUCACAUACGAAGACCGUUUUAACUUACAUCGUAUCGAACAAGAACUUGGAACAGAAAUUAAACCUAUUCCAAAGGUAAUAGAUCCAAGUUUGUAUGUAGCAAGACCAGAAGACAAUAAUAGCAUGGAAGAGGGUAACGUGUCUAAGUAGUUUCGAUACAUCGUCACGAUGUUUUAUAUGCGCUCAAAGAGUUUAAAGUGUUAAAUGGUGAUUGUGUGACUCGUACAUGUAAGGCAUACAUUGCUAUGCUUUGAACUCACAGAGUGAAACGUUAUCUCAGUUUGAAAAGUAUUGUCUGGGGUGUUUAACAGUGUAUAAAGACAAAACAGUGCUAUGAACAUUUAGAUAAAAAAAAAAAAGUGGUCUAUAUAGAAAAAAAUUGAAAAUUUCAAUCAACAUCAUAGUAAAACAGCGAAAAUAUGAAUUACUUGUAAAUAAGGCAUACUGAGUAUGAAACAAUGAACUCAGUGAAUGAAGUGAUGCGAAUGCCGGUGCGAGUCAUUCUUUGUACAUAAAUACAUAUAAAUGUACAUAAUCUAAAGUGCGCGCCAGAGUCAAGCCAUUAUCAAGAGCACAACAUGUAAACAAUUAACAUAAUAAUCAUUACAUUUUACCACAAACUGUAAAUAUUACAUGUGAGUAUCUAUCAUUUUAAUAGUAAAUUUUUAUACAAUGGCUUCAUACUUCCAAGAUUUUUUGUUCUUUAUGGCUUCAUACUUCCAAGAUUUUUUGUUCUUUAAAAAAAAAAAAAAAAAAUGUGAUGGGAUGUGUGAUUUAGAAGGAAACAGCAUAAUGAGAGUAAACUUGUAGUUGAAUGCUGUUUAUAUCUGAAUACCAUAAAUUAAUCCAUAUGCCCAUUACUUUUGCAUCACCAUAUUUUACAUAUAAAUUCUCCUUAAAUACGAUAUAAUACGAUCACAAAUUCUAAAUAUUGUAUCGAUCUUAAUGUUUGAUCAUGGCUUGAUUUUGCUACCUGUCAAUGCUGUCAUACAACUCUGAAAUUCAAAUCACUUUUCAAAAAAGGCAAGAUUAUCUUUUCUUUCUGUAAAGUGGUAAUAGAAACUUUUUUUAACUUAAUCCGAUUUUUUUACGAAAUUGUGAUUGAGCGUCAGAGGUUGUAAAAUUGACUAGUUUUAUAUAAUUAUUUUUUAUAAAUAACUGGCUGGUGGCAUUUAUCGAAGUUAGGGAUUCAAUGUAUGAUGUCUAUUGAAUAUUUAUGUGUCUAUUGUAAUUCAAAAUCGUUCCACCAAUUAAUGUAUGAGUAAUGAAAUUAUCUAGCAAAGAUUCUUUGUUACAUUUAAGACACAUUUUAGGUAAAAUCUAUGAAUAUAAGCAAAAAAAAAAA